CUGAUGAAUGAAGACUGAUCUCAUCGCAUAUGUCCACAUGAUCCUGCUGCUGCGUGUUUAUAUAGCCGAGUGUUCCGCCCUCUGGUUGCUGCUUUGUGCGCUCGCUCGCUGGCACGCUGCUCCUGUGAGGACUGGCCGUCGUAGCAGUGCUUUCCUGCGGAGAGUUUUGACCUUUGACGUGGUUGUUGCAUUCCUGCGAGUCUCGUCCUGCGGCGAGCUGCUCUCUCUCCCCCUGCACUCACCAUGUUUGCUGAGCUGCUGUAGACGCUGCAGCACCGCCUGGUUCGUGUCCACCGAGCUAACGCGACAAUCGAGUUUGCCAUUUUACCCAGCGAGCUGCUCUCGUGUGCUGCUUUGUUGACACACCGUGGGCGAAACCCCGAGAGGAAAUGAAGGACAAACAGAAGAGAAAGAAGGAGCGGACCUGGGCUGAGGCUGCUCGCAUGGUUCUAGAAAAUUUUUCUGAUGCUCCCAUGACACCUAAACAAAUUCUGCACGUCAUCCAGACCAAAGGAUUGAAGGAAAUGAGGAGUGGCACCGCUCCUCUAGCCUGCCUGGUCACAAUGCUGCACUCUCAGGUGAGAGGAGAUCGAGUCAAGAACAGCAUAUUCUUCAAGCUGCCUGGACGAAUGAGCCUAUUCACCCUCAAGAAAAACGCCCCCCAGUGGUCCAAGACAACGGCAGAAUCUUUAAUGUCUUCAGAACUUGCCAGCGCUGCCACUCCAUGCAGCAGCAGCAAUCCAACCGCAGACUCUGCAGUGUCUCUGGUCAGCUCUACUGAGGCCACCGAGCAGGAGAGUUGUGACUCCACUGAGACAACAGCAGCAACCAGUGGAGAUAAUGAUGCUUCAGUGGAUGAAAGUUCAUCCAGUGCAUCCUGCUCCACCGAGGUGCAGCCCGUUAUUAAUCCGCCUCAGACUCGACUCAGCAGAGCGGCAGGACAACAGGGACGCUCGGAACCCAUCCAGCACACUCCACACGCCCAGACAAGGUUGAGCCGCUCCAGACAGUCUGGGAGGCAGAGGAAGAAAGCCGUGAUGAUGCCCAGGGUGGUUCUGACACCUUUAAAAGUCAAUGGAGAGCAUGUUCCUCCAGGGCCGAUCAAGAGGAAUAGAGGAGGCGUGGAUGUGGACUUUGAAACGCCGGGCUCCAUCCUGGUGAACACCAACAUCAGGGCCCUUAUCAACAUCCGGACCUUCUCAGCGUUCCCAGCACACUCCCAGCAGCAGCUUCUGCAGUUGCUGCCCGAGGUGGACCGGCAGGUGGGUCCAGACGGCAUGGCCCGUCUGAGUAGUUCUGCCCUGAACAAUGAGUUCUUCACCCAUGCAUCCCAGAGCUGGAAGGAAAGGCUCGCUGAAGGUGAGUUCACCCACGAGAUGCAAGUGCGAUUCCGGCAGGAGAUGGAAAAGGAGAAGAAGGUUGAGGCGUGGAAGGAGAAGUUCUUUGAAGAGUAUCAUGGGCAAAAGUCGGGACUGACAAGAGAAGAGUCCCUGAAGCUCACCAUGAGCGAAGCCAGUGAAGUGGCAGUCAGUGUGUUGGAGAGUGAUGUCGCUGCAGUCGCAUCUGGCACCCCGAAAACCCGUAGCAUGGGUCGACGCAGGAGGGAUGGACGGAUGAGGAGACGGACCAGGGCAGAUCUGCGGCGCAGGGCGUGUCGCAGCUUGUGCAAGUCUGCUGCACCGGCUGUGCAGCCUGCAGACGUAGCCGUGGACACGACAUCUCUGGACACCUCAGUAGACUCUAGUGAAGCUCCCCUGCCCGAUAUCCCUGCUGUACAAGGAGAGGUGGAACUGCAGGCUGAAUGUGCUGUGGAGCUGCCAGCAGAGGAACCCCUGGAUGAGCCAAAAUCUCCCCCGGCCCCUGCGUCUGAAACAUUGCCAGCCCCUAACCCUUCACCUGUUGCCAGCCCCAUACCUAGCCCCAUUCCCAGUCCUGUUCCCAGCCCCAUUCCCAGUUCUAGUCCCAUCCAUAGUCCUAUCCAUAGUGCUUUGCCGAGUCCCCUUCCUGGCACAAGCCCUCUGCCCAGUCCUAUUCCUAGUGUUGCAUCCACGAGCGCCAACAGUGAGUCCCAAGCCACGGUUUGCCUGCUACCAAAGGAAGUAGCUCCAGUAUUGGCUUCCACGUCUUCUCCAUCGUCCUCUUCAUCAUCUUCCUCAGCCGCUUCUUCACCUUCGUGUUCACCAUCUUCACCCUCGGAUCGACAAGGGGCUUUUGUGGGUGGCCUGGACUCUUCCUCCUCCUCUUCAGGGUCUUCCAGCGCAGUGGUCACGGCUGAUCCCCUGGACGACGCCGCCUCUGUUGUCACCUCAGUUACAGGUGGGACAGCCACAAGUAGCCGAGAGAGCAGCCCCUCCACCAGCCCAGCACCCACUCCUGCUCCAAGCUCCCAGCUCAAAGAUCAGAAGAGACGGACCGAUGAGGCACCAGCUUUCUCCAGCUUCCCCGAAAAAAGGCCACGGCUUGAUGACCGUCAGUCCUUUCGUAUCACAAUCGACGGUGUUCGUUCGGAGAAGCCACAGCCAACAACAGAAGAGCCCAAGGUGCCCCCAAUCCGGAUUCAGCUGUCCAGAAUCAAACCUCCUUGGGUCAAAGGCCACUCAACCUACCAGAUCUGCCCGCGGAUCGUACCGCCAGGCGAAGUAUCGCGGCGGUCUGGGACAGGGGGCGCACGCACCUUGGCGGACAUCAAAGCCCGUGCCCAGCAAGCCCGUGCCCAGCGGGAGGCCGCUGCUGCUGUUGCAGCCAAUGCCGACGGGACGUCCUGUUCCGGGUUGCGGCCUUCUACUGGGAUACAAGAUAGUGAUGGAAGACGAGCGCGAGAACAUCCAGGACCUGUCGAGCCCGGAGGAGGAGGAGGAGGAGACGACGACGACGGAGGAGGAGACGACGUCGACAUCGACGACGACGACGACAACAGACGAGGAAGAAGAGGAGGAGCCCGAGGGAAGGGAUGUGGCUGGAUGGAAGAGACUGAAUCGUCUUCAGAUGCAAAUUCAUCUGGAACACAGCUACAGCCUGCUGCUGUAGAGACUGGACCCCAUCCACCAACCUCGCUGCCUGCUACCUUCAACCCAGAGUCCUUGAAAGCCCAGCCGCAGAGCCCUACUCAAAAAGGAACAAAUGUGGAUGUGGGUUCUGGAGAUGCUCAGGCUGCACCACAUCUUGGUGUCUCCAGCGCUGCUCAUGGACUUAAAAACAAAGAAGGGGAGCUGGAAGUUGAUCCAAAGGGUAGCGCCCCCAUCUCUGAAGGUCAAAUUCAAGUGUUAAAGCCAAAUGUUGGUUCCGCUCAGUGUAAAGAACUUGUUUCUGAAAAACCUAUCCUGGUUCCAACUUCCAUACCAGAUACUGUUCCUAGGUUUGGGGUUCUGGGAGUGGAUGUUAUUCACACACUGGCUACCAUCCGUUUGCCUGAGGAGCAGAAGAAGCAGAUCAGCUCCAGUGGUGUUAUCCAACAUGGAUCCCAUCAUUUGGAGCAGCAGGAAACCGCCAAGUUCUCAUCUUCAGCACAGCAACUAAAAGAGGAGUCCUUUUCCCAGCCACCUGAUGAUGCUGGAACACAAAGCGAUUCCACAGAAACAGCAUCGGACUGUGAGAACGAGAGCCCGGGGGACGAUCAACUUCAUCAUGACCACGACUGGAGCCCUAAAGUCAGACGAGGCUCCGAUGUCGUCUGCAGCGCUCCUCAAAACCAGCAGCCGGUUAUCCAGUCCAGCCGCCUUGGCCAGACCGUGAUUCAGCCUGCUGUCCUCUCUAGUUCCCCUCAGGCCGCUGCCCCUCCCCAGUUGCAGGUGGAACCCAACAUUGUUAUCAAAGUGGAGCCAGGAAGUGAUUGUAGAUACGCCAAGCAGAGUUGUGCUGAAGACGCUGUUAAUAGUUUUGUAAAGCCCCCAGUGACCCCUCCCUCUUCUUCGUCUGCUGCUGCCGCCCUCUCCAAAAAGCUGGUGCCGUCGGGGCGACACGUGUCCAGCGUGGAGGCUAACAACCCUCUGGUGACACAGCUGCUGCAGGGCAGCCUGCCGCUGGAGAAGGUCCUGCCGUCACAUUCAGCCAACAGGCUGGAUAUCAACCCUUUUCCGGGACCCCAACCAAGACCACCAGCUGCAGCGAGGACUCCAGGCUCACGGAACAGACAAACUGGUUCCACCCAGUCUCCGAGCCCGGAGCAGACUGAAUCCCCUGCCUCCUGUCUGGUUGAAGCCCCAGCUGCUUCUCAGGUCCAGUACCAGCAGGCGGCUGGAGCCGUGCCAGUUAUCACCUCCCUACAACUGUCCUCCAGAAGUGCUGGGGAGUCCAAUCCUGAGACCACAAUGGGGUCUCCUGUCCCCCCAGACAGACAGCAUCCUGCCCAUCGAGACACGUUAAAUGGCCCCUCCCCCAGCAACACUGACAAGGCAGAGGGGAAGCCGGUCAAAACAAACGUGUGGUCUCAACAGUCGCCCUCCCCUCAGCAACAGCGACUCUCCCCUGCUUGUAUCAAGUCUGAAGCAGGAGCUUGGUCCACUCACCAGGCCCCGAUCAAAACAUCCCCCUCCCGGAGUGUUCCCAAAAAGGAGCCCCCAAACUCUAUGGAUGGCUACCUCAGUGGAGGAGCAAUGGAGGGACUCAUCAACAUGGAGAUGACUUUAGCCAGAAUGGCUAAAAAUGACCAUGGUAAAGCCUCCCACUCUGUUUCUCCCUCUCCGCCGUCCACCUCUGUUUCUGGACUGCCUUUCCAGCUGUAUGGGAAACUGCCCAAACAGGGCGGGGUCAGCUACACCGCUAACGUGUCCGUGGUGGACAAUGGUGGUUUUUGCAGGAGCAUGGCGGAUGGCGUGCUCCAGCUUCGCCCCCGCCAGACCACGCUUAGCAUCCAGGCCUUCACCGACAGCACGGCCGAGGAGGUGUCACUCAAGUGCUCGUGCCGUCUUAAAGCCAUGAUCAUGUGCCAAGGCUGCGGCGCUUUCUGCCACGACGAUUGCAUUGGACCGUCGAAACUCUGUGUAUCGUGUUUGGUGGUCAGAUAGUUCGACUUCUGAUGAGCAGUAUUGACCCCAAGACUAGGGGGCGCCAGCGUGUACUGAAGACAGGCGUUUGUCUUUGUAUAAUAUACCUGCUCUGCAUUUUUGUUCUCUAAAAUUUGACAAUUAUAUUAUUGUUAUUAUUGUUGUGGAUUUGAGGCAUGAUGGUUUGUAAAUUGUGCCUUUUUUCUCAAACAUUUACCUCAUGUUAUCUCGUACCAUCAUCAUCAUCUUGGUGGCCAUCGUUGUUGGUCUCGGUUGCUCUGCAAGCAGAGACUCUGUGUUGUCUCUUUGUGCAAAGAAAUAUUUUUUUAUUCAUUAAAAAAGACAAACUUUAAUGUUCUGACUCUGUUUACUUUAGCAUUCCAUGAUGCAUUUGCUGUCCCUCAAAACCAAAAAAAAAACCUCAAACGGACAGCAAGUAGUGUCCUGUAAUUCGUCCUUGCCUCCAGUGUCUUUGACCAUGACACCCAAGGUACUGGUUGUUUUGACACAGAGCACUAUGUUUUGGAAUGUUUUUGGUAAAGAAAGUCUAGUCCAUAUUCCCCGACCAUAUAUAAAGAAUGAGACUCCCCAAGUUAAAGUCAGACUUUAAUGGACUCACAGUCAUCAUCACAGACAAUACAAAAUAAAUAUUCACCAUCACUUUGUUCUUCACAAAUAAAUACUAAUAUGUGCAGCUC